AUGAACGCCACCUCCCGGUUAGAUGGGAAAUACGGCGCCGCGGGAGGGAAGCCGGUGAGCCUGCAGGACCUCCCCUCCUCGGCUGCUGGGACCAGCCUGGGAGCCGCGAAGGGCGGGGCUCUACGGCCGGGGACGCCUCGGAUUGGGCCGCUCCGAGGGAAGGGCGGAGUGAGGCGCGGCCGCGCCCCCGGGGGCGCUGGCAGUCCUGAGUUCUACCGAGACCCGGGGGCUGAUUCCGAGAUGCCCGCGCGGCGCGGAGCCUGCCCCCGGCUACUGCGGCCGCCACCAGCCACCCCGCCCCGUUGGGGGCGUUUCAGUCCCUUUACGGCGGAGUCUCUUCCAGCCCACAAGGGUGGCGUGUCCGCACUGCUCGCCACGGCUCCGGACUUCUGGUGGCGCCUUUAUUUUCCGGCAGGGACGCGGCGGACAGAGGGCCCCGCCUCUCCCGGUCGCCCGUUUGCAGAGCGGGGCUCUCCUCGUUUUCCUGGACCCCAGGCCGGUCAGGCUGCUCAUCCUUCCUGGGAUUCCCGCUGUCCGACCCGGUUCUGCACCUUGCGGUCUGAGCUCCCACCUCCGCUGAUCCUUGGCCGCGUCUCAGCCCUGGAAGACGCGGAGAGUGCCGGGCUCCCCCCACCUUCGGCGGGUCAGCUUCUUAAGCUCAGGUGCAGCGGUGCCCCUCAGCCUGGACAACGGGAGAGACUUGCAAGGCAUGAUGGACGUUUAAUGAUGGAUAACCAAGAAUCUCCACCCUCAAGGAGCAUGGUCUAAACAGAGGAAAUAAGAACACAUCUGUAUAUAUGUUUCCAAUGCCUGGUGAUUUUCUCCACCUGGCGUCCUAUACACCACCCCAAAAUAGAUACACUGAAAACAAAACUUACUCCUUUUUACUCUGUGGCUUCCUAAAAACCUCCUUAAAUUCUCUUCUUUCUUCAUUCAUAGCCAGCCAAUGGAUAUGAUUAGAAUUACGUUUGACCCCUUGAG